AUGAAAAAUCUGCUCGAACGCCAACGCGAGGCUUACCUGGCGGAAGGUGUCGUCAGCACGGCUACGCGAAUCGAUCGCCUCGAGCGGGCGAUCGGGGUGCUGAAGAAUUAUGAGAAGCAGUUUGUUGAAGCCAUGUCCGCAGAUUUUGGUCAUCGCAGUGAACAUCAAUCACUUUUUACCGACAUUGCCAGUUCUGUUGGACCGCUGCGGCAUGCCAUCGCCAACGUGGCGAAGUGGAGUCGACCUGAGAAGCGUAAAGCCGGACCUUUUCCGCUCAAUCUGCUGGGUGCAAAAGCGCAUAUUGAAUAUCAGCCUCUGGGUGUUGUCGGCGUUAUCAGCCCGUGGAACUUUCCUGUUAAUCUGACCUUUACCCCCUUGGCGGGUAUUUUAAGUGCAGGCAACCGCUGCAUGAUCAAACCCAGUGAAUACACGCCGGCAACCUCGGAAGUGAUGGCGCAGGCCUUUGCAUCUGAGUUUGCCGCUGAAGAAAUCUGUGUCAUCAACGGCGGCCCUCAAACUGGCGCCGAUUUUUCCUCUUUGCCGUUUGAUCACCUGUUAUUUACGGGUGCCACCAGUGUGGCCAAACAUGUUAUGCGGGCAGCCUCAGAAAAUCUGGUGCCGGUCACGUUGGAACUGGGUGGCAAGUCACCAGUGGUGGUCAGUCGCAGCGCGGAUAUGGAUAAAACUGCAGAUGCCAUUAUGGCGGGUAAAAUGCUCAAUGCCGGGCAGAUCUGUCUGGCACCGGAUUACGUGUUUGUGCCCACUGAGCGGAUGCGCGACUUUGUGGCAGCAAGCGAGAAGGCGGUUGCAAAAAUGUUUCCUACGUUGCUGGAUAACCCGGACUACACCUCGGUGGUUAACGAGCGACAUUUUGACCGUUUGAACGGAUAUGUUGCGCAGGCCAGAGAACAAGGUGCAGAGGUGAUUGAAAUCAACCCGGCGGGUGAGGAUUUUCGACAACAACCCCAUCACAAGAUACCGCCGACCCUGAUUAUCGACCCCGAUGAGUCUCUUGAUGUCAUGAACGAAGAGAUUUUCGGCCCGCUAAUGCCUGUCAAGUCAUAUGACUCAGUAGACAGCACCAUUUCCUACAUCAACAAUCAUCCUCGCCCGCUGGGUUUGUACUAUUUUGGUGACGAUCAAGGCGAAGAACGUGAAGUGCUCACUCGAACAACCUCCGGCGGUGUGACGGUGAACGAUGUGAUCAUGCACGUGGCUCAGGAAGACUUACCGUUUGGUGGGGUGGGCCCAUCCGGCAUGGGUGCCUAUCAUGGCUUUGAUGGCUUCAAGACCUUCAGCCAUGCCAAAUCGAUCUUCAAGCAGACUAAGGUGAAUGGCUAUGUGGUGCUGCGCGGUGUCAUCAGUAAAACUCUGGUCGAAGCCGUCAGUCAGCUGGUACAUGAAUCACUGGACCCACUGGUGGGACCCGCCGAAUUUGAAGCGGAGGUCGGUUAUCCCGGUGCGCCAUCCAGUCUCGAUGAUGUCGGUGGCAACACGCCGCGGCGUCUGUUACACGCUUAUGCACGUCAUGCACGAUUCCGGGAGUUGGCAUGCCAUCCCGCUGUCGCGGCGGAACUCAACAAGUUGCUGGACGGGCCGGCAAUGCUGUCGCAAUGCCAUCAUAACUGUGUCAUGACCAAACAUCCCGGCUACAGCAGUGCAACGUUGUGGCAUCAGGAUAUCCGCUACUGGUCCUUUGAUCGGCCUGAACUCAUCUCUGCAUGGUUUGCGCUGGGUGACGAAACUCCGGAAAACGGGGCGCUACAGGUCAUUCCUGGCACACAUACAAUGUCGUUCGAUCGUGGCCGGCUUGACCGUGCCCUGUUCCUGCGGCCGGAACUACCUGAAAAUGCCGCCUUAAUUGAAGCCGCUCAGAGUGUGGUGCUCACCGCCGGGGAUGUUUUGCUGUUCCACUGUCGAUUAUUUCACGCAGCCGGGCGUAACAAUCUGGACCACGUGAAAUUGUCACCCGUAUUUACUUAUCAUCGGCAAGAUAAUCUGCCGAUCCCGGGUACCCGGUGUAUGGCUGUGGACGACGAUGCUGAUGACAGUGAUUUAUUUGCCCAGGAAAUGGCUGAUGUUGCGCGUAUUGAAAAAGGCCGUGUGCAAACGUUAAAGCCUUCCGCACAGGUCACCCCGGCCCAACUGCAACGUCGUGAGGCUGCGUUGGGGUUAAACAGUGAUCUGGCGGACCCCAAUUUCCUGACUCUGGGAGAUGUUGAAAUUGUUGACCCGCAUGCGGUGCUUGAAUGGAAGCAGGUGGGUGUGCAGAACGCAGUGUUCGAUCGGCUCAAACGCGGCGGCUAUGAACAUCAGGCGCAGCUUGAUCUGCACCGCAAAACGGUCAAAGAAGCACGUACCCUGGUAUUUAACUUUUUGCGCCUGGCGCAAGCUAAAGACUGGCGCAACCUGCUGAUAUCGCCAGGUAAAGGUGAGCUGAGUAAGACGCCGGGCAGAUUAAAAAGCUAUGUUAACCACUGGCUGCAACACCAUCCAGAGGUGAUUGCGUUCAGUUCCGCCAUACGUCGUCAUGGUGGCGUGGGCGCUGUCUACGUCAUGGUGCGGAAGUCACCAGCAAGCCGGGAAUUAACGCGCGAGCAGCAUGGCUUCAAGAGUGAUGAAGACCUUUAG